GGCUGGCUCCUGCCCCACAGAUGGAGGAGGCCGCGAUACAGAAGCAAGCGGAGCAUUGCAACAACCGCAAGAUGGCUUCCAAGCGAGUGCAGGAACUCAGCGUCGACCUCUUCUUUGCCGUCUUUGUCAAGGAGUGUGGGCCGCUGGAGUCGGAGGCCAUGGUGAUGGGCGUCCUGAGUGAGGCUUUUGACGUCCUCGUGCUGCGGUUCGGAGUCCAGAAGCGCAUUUAUUGCAACGCUCUGCCGUUGGUGGGGUUCCAGUUCCAAAAAGUGGGGAAAAAGCCACAGUUGUCGCUGGUGUGGGAACCGCAGAGCGCGGAGCAGGACGCCCCGCGGCAG